AUGUCCGUGAAUAAUCACGAGAUCAUAGACAUUCCGGUUUUGGAUGACUUGAUAAUUGAGAUCCCUGCGAUUGACCUUGGCCCUGCUAGCGAUCUCGGGCCCGGUGCGCAUAAUCACCUUGACUUGCACCAGCCAGAGCUAGAAGACAAUGGCUUGGAGUUGGACUACCAAGGAUCUGAGGAUCUUGUCGGUGAGCAAACUUAUCAGCCGGGUCAUCUUGACCAGGCGAAUUUCCAUCAGCAAUCAAAUUCGCUGGACCAAAAUCUCGUUCAAACAUCUUCUCUUCAGCAUCAACAUCAUCAACAACAGCCGCAAGUAACAAGGAGGCUUACUCUCAUGAAUGGACAAGAGAUAACAGACCUGAGGCGAGAUCUUGCUACAGACUCAAAGACUCCAGCGGAAUACACUUUGCACAUCUUGUUCACGCAAUUUGUGAGGUAUGCCGAACGGAAACUGAACCUAUGUCUCAACCAAUACGGAAAUGGCGAGCCGCAAUUGAUCGAUCUACUCUCUGAAGGUAUAGAUCCUGUUUUUGACGGAAUCAUAGCUGCUCUGGGAUAUAUUGCCAGACGAAAGCCAAAACCCGUGAUUGAUUCAGUGAUGUUUUGGAGAAGGUCCAAGAGUGAAGUUGCAGCUAUGGCUGCGUCGGCUUUGGAUAAGGCCGUGGCAUCUCAUUUUUCCAAUAAAGAUGUUUUGGAGUUUAAAGAGACCGCAAUUCAGGCUGAAAGAAAGAGUUUGAUAAGCAUUUUCAUUUUGUGUAGGGUGUUGAUUGAGGUGGUGAGACAGACUCCAACCCAUAUCAUUGGAGAUGAUCUUGGAGAUAAGCUGGAAGAGAUCAUAUACACCCAACUGAAGACCACAGAUCCCGUUUUGGUUUCAAAAAGUAUUAUAAGAUCGUCAAAUUGGGACCUAUUUGCCGAGUUUUUGGGCCAUAUGUCAGCCAAGAGAUUUUUGAGUGUGUCCGAUAGGUUCAUAGCUGAUCUAGAGAAACAUCCUCAGGGGUUUUCGGACCAGCACAUGUCUGAAGCAAGUCUUUGCCUGUUGAUCCAUGGAAUGAGAUACUUGAAGAUGUCUAACGAAACCAUUGAAUCUUUCGAAGAUGCCGCCGAUUUCCUCAAGAGUAUCGCCAAGUUCUUCUACAAGUGUGAGAACGACGUCGUUAUAGUUGCAUACUGCGAGGUCUUGAACCAGUUACUUCUUUCCUUGGCUGGUGUUUUGACUGCUGAAGUCAACCAUCCAACCUGGGUGGAGGCUAUUGAGAUCAUAUAUGAUAAAUCAGUCAGUCUGAUGAGGCUGAAACCCCAAAAGUUUUGGGGUUACGGGCUGCAACUGUCUGUGGCCGCUCUCUCGGUGGCUCCACAGGAGCUGUUCAAGGCGCACUGGUUAUCCAUAAUUGAGGUCAAUUCAAGAAGGCUGAAGCCCAAGACCUCAAACGAGGAAAAGGUUAUUGUGGUGAUCUCUAUUGCCAGGUUGGUGUGGGCUUAUCUCUUCCGGUAUCCUGAUACGCUAAAUUUGCGUGUGAAAAAUAUAGAGUCAAUUGCCCAGUUGCUGUUCCAGAAUCAGCAUAAAAAACAGCAAUGGAUCACUCUCCAUCCUCUUGUGGUGCGGUCUCUGGUCCAGCUAUUGCGUGCUUUUGCGUUUUCCAAUAUCACCGUCACGCUUGAGACUAUUCUGUUGCCUCUUUUGAAAACAGGCUUUAAUGGGACAUCUCUUGAUGGUCUUUCGCAAGAGAAGAUCAUGCUAUGUUCUCAGACUUAUAUUGCCAUAUUGGGAGAUUACAAGGCCGCGGAAAGACCGCCUUUCCCUAAUGACGAUGUUCUACAUCUUGAUGACACCGAUGACCUGGAGGUUUUCAAAGAUGAGACAAAUGGUCCGUUUGAUGAAUCCUCCUCGAAUGCUGCAAUCCAUGAGGAAAUUUCAGGUUUGUUUACCAUUCUUUUGCAGCUGUUGGACGAUCAGGUGGGAUGCAAAGUAUUGCAGUUCCACAGGCCCAAUGCAAGUGCAACUUCUUCUCCUAUGUCUUCGUCUACAAGCUCUUUAGGUUCUAAACUUGGCUUGUACUUGCAUGUGGAUGACUCUUCGGACAAGAACAAAGUUCUGUUCUCCCACGUGAUGAUGUGCAUACCCUGGUGCUUAAACUCAAAUGUGUCGACCUAUCGUAAGAUGGUGGAACUCCUGAUGAAGAACGCUGUACAUCAGGACCGCGAAAUUAACAAUGUUGCAGAGGCGACCUUGAGGCAGUUGGUGCUGAAGAAAAACUCCAAGGUGCUCAUUGCUUCUUUUCCAAGACUUGCCUUCAAGCUAGACGAGAAGAGUGGAAGUGUCUUGUAUUAUAAUUAUCUGACAUCGAACGAGUACUUACGUUUGUUGGAGAUAUAUGUGGAUCUUUUGAAAAAUUGGCUGCAGUCAUUCACCGACUCAUCAAAACAAGAGGAGGAAAGCCACGAGCUUUAUGAAAGAAACCAUCCAAGUAUCGCCAAAGAAGAGCCUGUGAACUUCAAAGUUGUGGAUGAGAUCGAAAUGAAGAACAUUAUCACCAUAAUUGACGAAGUUGAAGGAAAUGGGCUGUUUUUCUUUUUCUCGCACGAUUUCCAUGUGAGACACUUAGGGUCUCAAAUCCUGAGACUGGUGGUCCAGUUUGAUGAGGUGAUCUAUGAUAUGACCACCAAUUCGAACGCGGCAGAUUCCGUUCAUUCUGGAAAAAGGUCUCAUGCCCGUAUGCCAUCCAAGUUUGUGGCAGAAUUGGGCACCAGACUUAUCCAAGUCCUGGAGACCACUGACUUUUUUGAGCUGAUUUCGGGCAUAAAGGCGGAGUUGAGUGUUCCUGAGCGCACGAGGUUGAAUAAACUGCAACAGAAACAAAGAAAGGAUAUUCUUAUUAGGCUUGCUGAAUCUGGUUACGGCGUUGAUUCUGCCUUGUGGUUUCGCGUGUUUCCCAAGGUGCUGACCAUUUUGGUAAAGCAUUGCCCCAUUCAGAUAGCUAUCACAAGAUCCUACUCUUGCAUUCGUCUGGUUCAGUUAUACGAUCAAAUAUUCGACUAUAGUCGCAGUUAUCAAGGAAAUGUGUCCAUGAUUAGAGAGUACAAGAUAUUUCUCAUGAUCGCGUGCUCCUCUCUGACCUCCACGUCAGAACAAAGAUUGCACAUACCACAUAUGCCAACGUCUUCCAUAAGCUCAUUGUCCUCACCUUUGUCAAAGAGUCAUGCCAGGAAGAAGUCGCAGCAGAUGUUUACCGUUCAACAUCAGAAGAUCACAAGUGCUAAAUCCAUUUUCAAGAUGGUUAUUCCUCUUUUGACUACUAAGCAGGCCGAUGUGAAAGACGCAAUUGUAACUGGAUUAAGCUGCAUUAACGUGAAUAUCUUUACCUCGUUCUUGUCGAGUAUAGAACCCAGCAUGGAGACUUGGAAGGUAAAUCCAAAGUCGGCAGAUUCUGACAGUCACUUGAGAAUUGAACUUACAAGGAUACUAAACAAUGUGACUUUGCAAUAUUCUAAAGAGGAGGUUGUUUUUGCGGACGAUUGGAUAGUUGAAAGACUAGUUGCCUUCAUCAAAAGUAUCAAGACUUUUCUUUCUCAUCCGGGAGUGCAGCAGAAUUUUGAGUUUCAGAAAUGGAGAAGGUACUUUGCUGGAUUCUUGGAGAACACAUAUCUUGGUAUCAAAGAGUUCAACGAUAUUGAGAAAUGGUUGCCAUUUGAGGCCAGAACGGGAUGCUUCACCUAUUUGGAAGAAUGGUGUGGGUAUGGGCAAUAUACAGAGUUUGAGGAUACCAGAUACAAGUAUAUGCUGAAAAGUGUAUCCACCUUGAAGGAUAACGUCACUUUGAGUGCCACUAUCGAGUUGGAAAGAAUUGCUUUGGAGUAUACUGCAAUCAGCUGUAUGGCGUCGCUUUGUUCUUCUCCAAUCACUCAGACUGUCCAGGAUGGUGACAAAUCUAUUGUAAUGUCUUUUGAUAUUGGCGGUAUGAUCAACUGGAUAGAUGGUCUGUUUGGCUCAAAGAAUGAAAGAAUACGUUUCCUUGGCCGCAAGGCGCUUCUGAGUCUGUUGCUGGUCAACUCACAAGUAGGCGGAAUUGCAAACGAAAUCAUCAAGCGAUGCUACACUUAUCAUGAAGAAGAUACUGCGUUGGAAUCAUACUUUUUGACUCUUGCUGAGGCAUUCAUUGAAGGUGCCCAAUUCCCAUACGAGGUUUACCAGCCUCUGGCAUUGUCUUUGUUUUCCGCUGGUUCUGACAACUUUGAAGUAAGGAAAGCCGCUGCCAAGCUGCUCGCAUACACGGAGAAAAAGUUUUACAACACUUCAAUGAGCGAAGCUUUCAUUGAAAGUGUUUCCAGCAGGACUAAAGUCAUCUACAAGAGGGCGCUUUUCAAUUUGUCAAGUCAUUUUGCGUCAGCUCAUCCUGAACAGAACUUCAAAAUCAUAUCUGAGCUUACUAUGUUGUUCCAUAUGGUGGGUAACGAACCAAGACGCGACAUUUUGGCUGUUUUGCUUCCAUGGGUCCAGACUGUAGAGCUGAAUAUGUCUGAGGGAAACCCGAAUCAUGCAAAUUCUGAUAUGGUCCUGAACAACCUGUUUGAGAUCACUAUCAAGUUCAGUGACAAAAUACAAAAUGAAGUUGAAGCUCUAUGGGUUGCUCUCGCAACUGGAUCAAAUGGAAACAACAUAAAGGAGAUUUACCAGUUCAUCACCUCAAACAGCUUGGAGAGAAGGAAUCCUAUAUUUGUGGAGUAUGCCAGACAGGUGGUUGUAUAUAUGUCUUCCACGCUGGCUGGGGCAGAUUUGAUUGAUAUGUUGGUCUCCAAUCUAGAGCCCAAAUCCAUGGUUCCCGGUCACCAAAAGUCACUUCCAUUGCCUCCAAAGUCAGAUGAUCUGCCAUAUGUCGCUGAUCUGUGGAGAAGCCUCAAUUACAGUGGUAAAGAGGCUGUUUUCUCUUUGGGCCAGUUAUCGAUGAUCUUUCUGGUGGAUUUACUCGUCUCUCCGGGAGAGGCGAUACGCCAAAAACUUCACCUUCUUCUACAUGUCUGUUUCGUGUUUCUGGACCAUUACUUGAAGAUUGUUCAGAAUCAGGCGUGUGUGCUAUUAGUACACCUGAUCCACAAAUUUGGUUCGGAUGGCCCUGAGGCAAGAAGUACCAUGGAAAUCUUGCGCAAACCAGACUUUCACAAAAGACUGUGGGCAUAUGAUGACCUGAACACCGACAAGAAUGGUGCAAGAACGCCUGAAAACAUGGAUUCCCUGAUCAGGAGCUCUUUGACUAUCUUCAGAGAGAGUGUUCCUGAUUUGCAGGAGAAAUGGGAACGUGUCGCUUUACAAUGGGCAACGUCAUGUGCAGUGAGACACAUUGCAUGUCGUUCUUUCCAGGUAUUCAGAUCCCUUCUAUUCUUUCUAGACCAGGGAAUGCUCCGUGAUAUGUUGCACCGUCUGUCCAAUACGGUUUCGGACGAGACGCCUGAUAUCCAAGGCUUCGCAAUGCAGAUUCUGAUGACACUCAAUGCGAUAACCGCGGAACUUGACGCUCAGCAACUUAUUGACUUCCCACAGUUGUUCUGGUCAGUUGUGGCAUGUUUGUCAACUGUUCACGAACAAGAGUUCCUUGAAGUCUUGUCAACGCUUUCCAAAUUUGUAUCCAAGAUUGACCUGGACUCUGAGGAAACGGUAAGAUGUCUCAUAUCCACCUUCCCCAGUAAGUGGGAGGGUCGUUUCGAUGGAUUGCAAUCUGUGAUAUUGACUGGUUUGAGGUCUUCCAAUGUAUGGGAUCCUUCUCUUAAACUGCUCGAUAGGCUCAAUAGACUGCAACACAGUGAAAUUGUUGGGUCUGGAGACCAAAGAUUGCUGAUUGCUUUAUUAGCAAAUAUGCCUCGAUUUUUGCAUGCUCAAGCCACCAAAAGGUUCACUGAUGACGUUGUGGAAGGUGCUACCAUUCUGAGUGAAAUGGCGGCAAGAGAGAACGCUCCAGGUCUUUCCAAAAUCAUCGAUUCGUUCGUGAAGAAGAAGUUCAGGACUAAGGAUGAUUUUUUAAGCCAGGUGGUUACAGAUAUUAAGCGAAACUUCUUCCCAGCGUAUGGUGCUCAGAUCCUUGUUUUUCUUCUGGGAUUGCUUUCCAACAGCAUUGGUUGGAUCAAACUGGAGACCAUGGAUCUGCUGAAAUACAUAUUCCCGGCAGUCAAUCUCCAAGGAGAUGAGUUUGUGGGUGUUGGGGCAGAUCUGAUUUCCCCGUUACUUAGAUUGUUGCUUACGGAGUAUGCUGAGCAGGCUCUUGAAGUUCUAGACGAAACUGUCAUCAUUCCGGGCUCGCAAUUGGACAAGGAUGUUUUGAGAAUGUCUCUUGGAAAUAGAGCGAUGAGGAAGGAGUACGAAAAGACCGCUACUCUUUUUGGUAUUCCAGACGACAGUGGAUGGGCGAUUCCAAUGCCGGCUGUCACAGCAGCUACCGCCCGAAACAAUGUCCACGCAGUGUUUUCAACAUGUGUAAUUGCUCCUGAUGAGGAGAACAUGGCUGGUGAAGAAUUGCCCAUGACUGAAGAAGAACAGAUUCAAUUCCACUUGGAUGAGUAUCCAUACCAGCAGGACCCCAACUUCAUGGAAGCUACAGAUGCAGCAUCGACAGAUGAACGUGAUCCAUCUCUGAGCCAUAUGCUGGCCACUUUGGACAAUUUGGAUUCGUUCUUCACCAAGGAUGACCUUCCAAAAGCGAAACCAGCGAAAUACCAGUCAUCCGCUCGUUCCCAUCAGUACAAUGAUUCCCUUGACACGAGGUACAGUGAUGUCAUCAACAGCCCAAUCAUUCCCUUUGAAUCUGCUCCUCAGGUGUAUGAUGCCAAGGUCACUGCCAUUCUCAAUCGCUCUCUGAACCGCACGGCGUCGAACACAUCCUACAAAGCUUCGAUGGCUGAUUCCUUUGGCAACAAUCAGGCGGUUGAGCCUGUGAGUAGCCCUGCCCCAGCCACUCCUACGGAAAGACACGUUGCUCAACAGAGAUCUUCUUACAUGUCUUUCAAGAGCAGUCGCAAUAACGUGCGCAGAUCGCUUUUGGAUCACUCAGGAGUAAACGGAUCAAACGACGAUCAUUCCAAGUCCAAAUCUCCCAAAAAUUCACCCCAGUUUUCAUCUCCGGUUCUUUCUGCAUCGGAUGGAGCCAUUUCUGGAUCCAGCAACGGUACAUCUGAACAGUCUGAGGGACUUUUUAGAUUUGACGGUCUGCUACGUACCUCCAACAAAAUGAAGAAACGGCCUGUGAAGGGAAAUGGGCUCGUAAUGGGAGCUCGUGGUGCAGAUGUUGAGUCUCAGAUAAUAUCUAGACCUUCUUCGGCAAUUACCGUCCAGUCCAAUGGAGACAGGGUUAACAGUGCAGGAACAGCUCUGGCCAACUCGGCUAGUUCAGGCACCCCAAUCCACUCGCGUGCCAGAGAAAGAGCCUCUAUGUUCGCAAGAAAUAACAAGAGAAACUCAGCAAAGACAAUCGGACCCAAGUUCGAAUCUGAAAAAUAG